UCAUUACACAGUAGCCUACUUACAUAGUUUUGCUGGCAGUACCGAACUGCUUGAGGGUAUUUGUAAAGAGCGCUAUACCUUACGGAAUAUCAGUACUCUACUAGUCAAAGGAGCCUAUAUUGCCUCAUCAUACAGACUCUCAGGUUCUUUCAGCCAAUUGGCUGAGGCCUUCGAGUGUACAACUUAUCGCCUUCCUGCUUGCAAUGCCCAAGAGUGACACGUGGCCAGACGGCGUCGCCGUGGAAACCCUGGGCGGCACGGACAGUGCUGGCAGCUGUGAUAGUGUUGUCAGCAUCCACUCCGGUUUGAGCGAUGCCAGUCUGGAGCAGCUCUCUGCUGAGGAGCGGGAGUGCAUCCUGUUCCUGGAGGAGACCAUCGAGUCCCUGGAGGCCGACGAGGACGGCGACCGGACCGGCGGCGAGCCCGAUCUCCGGCCGAACCCUGGGAGCCUGGCCGCAAAGAUCGCCCAUCUCUCCGCCUCUCUGUCAGGCUCUAUCUCAAGACAUCCCCAUGAUGGUCCUACAGGAGAGGGGGAGAGAGAGCACAGGCCUGUCCAGGGCUGUCUGGUGCCCACUCCACUGGUGAUGGCAAAGAGCGGGCAACCCAACGCUGAGCCUGGCACGGGCUCCUCACCCACCGUCUCCCCGUGCCCGCUCUCCAAGACAGGCUCGUCCCGGGGGCAGGACGCCACGGCGGCAGCCAGGAGAGCAGGGUGCCAGGAUCGGCCCAAAGCCGGCUUGGCCAGGGGGCCGCUGUCUUACGAGGGUCUGCUGGAGCUGAGGAUGAUGAAGCCGACCCUGAAGAAGCACGCUCAGAGCUUCUCUUCUGGAGUCAAGGAGAGGGCCAAGCCGGCCCCCGGCGACCUCAGUGAGGGGAGGCAAUCCAGUCGCCCCUCUGACUCCACUUCCCAGCACGCACCUCUUCACCUGACCCUCAAACCCAGGGUUACCCCUCCGACGGUUGCACCUAAACCUAAAGUUCUCCCGCCCAGCGUUGCCGUGACGACCCAAAAAGCGCCCAUCCCAAACCCGGACUCCCAGAUGGACUGCCUGGGUACGUCGCCUCGAGAGAGGGUGAUAAUUGAUCCCCAGCAGGUGAGGAGAGAGGCUCUGCGUAAAUUAGGGCUCCUGCAGGACGGGGGGACCGCCCCCCCUUUCGUCGCUGGGACCCUGCCGUCCGCCACGGGCCGCCCGCGCUCCAGGAGCGACCUUCCCCCCGCGCCCAGCUCACGCCCCCCUCCCCCGCCCGUCGGGGCCAAGUCCGUGACCCUGGAGCGCUGUUCGGACAGCUUUAAGCCCCGCCCCCAUGCCCGCACCGCCUCGCUGGGACACGGGAGGGAGGUCAGGGCCCCCCAGCCGGACGCCGCGGCCGAGCCCACCUCCCAGAAGCCCCUGUUCCCGAACGGCAUCUCCGCGGCGAUGGUGCCCUGGAACCAGACGGGCCAGGUGAGACAGGAGGCUCUGAAGAAGCUAGGACUGCUGAGGGAGUGAGGACUCACCCCUCCCCCCCCCCCCAAACCCAAAAAAAACUGCACCCUGAAUGCUGCACCAUCCUCUCCCAGCACAGGUGACCAAGUGCCCC